AUGAGACACACUGCCGCACAUCUGCCAGGGAGUACGUUAUCCCCUCUCAAUCCGGCGACGGGAAACCGCACCCACAGCCCUCCGCUGUCUUACCACAAACGAGCCUCUUGCUGCCGGUACCCGGUGCUGGAUUUGACAACUGCAUCCAUCUGUCAACAACGUCUCGUGGGGUUACACAGUCUUGGGUUGCCUUGUUCCAUCACCGCAACCAUGCUAUUUACAUGCCUCGUCCUCUUCAUGCCAACCAUCAUUCGGCACGCCAUGGCGGAUUACAACCCGGAUAUCUCCAACGGCACCUGCUACUACGACGAUGGCAUGCAGGCCGAUUCCAGGUAUAUCCCUUGUGGGAAUGCCGCCCUCGGCCACAAGUCAUGCUGUGAGAGCCUGGACAUGUGUCUGUCGUCGCACGCUUGCUAUAAUGGUCAAUUUGGCGUCACAUAUUUGGCCGGCUGCACAGAUUCUAGUUACGACGACCCCGUCUGUCCGCGUAAAGGAGAAUUUCAAGAGCAACCAUGGGCCGGCUUGGUCUACUGCAAUGGCACUUCGAAUGAAUGGGUCGCGUGCGAAGAUGAAGGCAGCACAGUUACGACUCCAUUGCCUUGCUGGUGUCCUGAGACCGACUCGAGGACCGUUGCCUUCACCGACUCCUCCGUUCUCACGAAUGUCAUGUCCUUGCCAGCAACUGUGGGCGGCAGCGUCACUUGGAAAGACGCGGAUGCGUACUCAUCGGAACACUCUCUUACUUCGACGCUUGAUUCCUCAGAUACCGAGACCACCACUUCAACCUCCAUUUCCAGCUCAAUGAUUAGCACUCCCGGUACUGCAGCAAGUUCUAGUCUCCCUCCGCCUUCCACCUCUUUUCAGACCUUCUCUGCACCAGCGGCAACAUCGACAGGAGCAUCGACCAACUCCGGUUUAAACACAGGACAAAAGAUAGGAAUAGCAUUUGGAGCAGUGUGUGGAGCAGCAAUCCUGUCGGUUUCUGCUUGGUUAUUAUGCACAGCCGCCCGUCGCAGCGCGAAGAAAAGACAGGGGCAGAAAGAGGAAGCGCCGAUGAGGGAACCCACGCUACCGCAAGUGGAGAGAAGACCGUCCGACCCCGGGAUGAGGAGUCCGGCAUGGUCAGGCCACAAGUCAGAACUUCCUGCCGACGAAAGUGUGACGAGUGCGUCGCCGCCGGCCCCACGAUACCAGGACUUCCAGAGACCCCAGAGCGCGGAAGUCGAGGGCAGCCCGGUCCGAAUGUCUCCUACGAGACCUACGCAAGAUGGUGGUUUGAGGGUGCCCGGUCGGAAAGGAACGUACUACGAGAUGGCCGGAUAA